ACUCCACUCGCUCCGAGCAGAGGCCACAUCGCGAGGUGCCAUGGAGGGCCUGACCGAGGAACAGGUUGAGGAGCUCCGCGACGGAUUCAACUCGGUCGAUGCGGAUGGUGGUGGGACGCUGACUGUUGAUGAGGUGCACAAGUUUCUGCAUCAGCUCGGCCAUGCUUGUACCAUGGACGAAGUGACCACCAUGAUCAAGGAAGUCGACGCCGAUGGCAAUGGAGAGAUCGACUUUGACGAGUUCUGCGUCCUCAUGGCCAACUCGAUGAAAGACGCCGAUCCCAACGAGGAGCUCCGCUGGGCCUUUUCGCUCUUUGACACGUCAAAGACGGGCACCAUCUCGGUCGACGAGCUCAUCGACACGUUUAUGGCUGAGCUCGGCGAGUCGCUCGCCACCGACGAGGCCAAGGAGAUGCUCGCUGCUGCGGACUUUGACGGUGACGGCCAAGUUAAUGUCGAUGACUUUGUCAAGCUGGUCUCGUUGUGAGUUUCCCUGCCUGCACGCCUCGGCAGCGGUCGUUGAUGAGCAUCGCAGCAAGGUACAACUGUAUGUUGGCGAAGCUGGUUGCGCACCAACCAGUGUACAUUGAACCCCCCCCCCCCCAC